AUGCAGGACUUCCGAUCCAAGAAUGGUCUCUACUCAAGCCAAGCUUCGUUGAAGCGAUCACAUUCGGACGCAUUCAAUGCUAGCCCAGUAAAGGAGAAUGCACACCCACCACAUCCCUCAAAUAUCAAAGCCAAAGAUUUGUUCAACGCAAAUCUCUGGAAAGACGAUUCGAGUACCUCCGAAUUUUAUCGAUUCAUCUCCUCCCUCAGACAGUCCAUUCAUAAGGAGGCCUCUUCAACCACGGCUGCACAUCGUUUCAUUCGUACGCUACGUGAUAGACAAAAGCUGGUCAGAUGCUAUACCCAGAACAUAGACGGGCUUGAAGAGCAAAUGGAUCUUUCGACAGACCUCGAAAGAGGACAGGGUUACAGGUAUCGCUUUUCGAAGAAAGUGUUGCAGAAGCCAAGGUCGUUCGCUUCGAGCGCCCCGGGAGGUGAACGCGAUGGAGGGUGUGAGGUAGUACAGCUUCACGGAGAUUUAGGCUCCCUCCGAUGUACACUGUGCCAAAAAGUCAUCGAGUGGGACUCAAAGCGCCAUAGCUCUGCCCUUCUCAAAGGCAAAGCGCCGCGUUGCCCUUCCUGCACAGAGACAGACGACGUACGACAGGCACUAGGAAAGCGUGGCACGAGGGUAGGCACGCUCCGGCCGAACAUCGUGCUAUAUGGCGAAGAGCACCCUUCAGCAGACGCCAUUGGCAAAAUCACAACUCACGACCUCACUCUCUAUCCUGACCUUCUCCUCAUACUAGGGACCUCCUUGCAUGUUCAUGGCUUGAAGACAAUGGUCCGUGAAUUUGCAAAAGCCGUCCACGCGCGUCCAGGUGGAAAAGGCAAAGUUGUCUUCGUCAAUCUAACAAGGCCAGCCGAGAGUGUCUGGAAAGACGUGAUCGACUAUUGGGUCUGUAUGGACUGCGACGCCUGGGUGGAAAAGACAAAAGAGUGCCGGCCUGAGAUCUGGAAAAUACAAAAGCAAUUGAGCCCAAGCGUGAAGAAAUGCAACAGCUCACCGCCAUCGUCAAAGAAAGGGAAACAGUGGUUAGAUGAUGAAGCAGACAAAGAGAACAUCCAGGUCAUUCUCGACUCAGAGACUUCCCUCACCUCUUCACCGCCAGCCACACCAAAGGUUGUAGUCGCCACACCCAAGAAGCAUAAGCCAGAGGACCAGCUUCAAUACCGAGUCUCACCACUCAAGACGUCACUUCCAAACAGGAGGGUGAAAACUCGCGAGAUCCCGGACUCAGAUCCGCAGUCUUCGUUGCCAACACCACCCUCAUCUGGAGACAAUACGCCGAGGUCGACGAGAAAGCGCAAGGCUUUGACGGAAACCUACGAAGAGUGCCUUUUGACGCCAUCAAAGAGGAGGAGAGUCGUAGAGGUGUGGGAAGAUUAA